AUGCAGACACAGACACAAACAAAGACACAUCCAACGCAACCAGAGACCCCAGCGCCAACCAGGGCUACGGCAGGCACACAUAACCCCACAGCCACCUCCUCGCCGCCCGAACAUGCGCCAGUACAGACACAUAGUAUACAGCAGCGCAGGAUAGAACCAGCAGUGCAAUCAGCCGGGGCCACGGACGAGACCGAGCAACUACACGUGGUACCACGGUUACCAUCGCAACCGACCAAUGUGGCGCAGGUUGGCCAGCCCUACAAAUCUGCAGCGGCUGCAGUGCAAUCAGUCGGAGCCUCUGACGAAACCGAGCAACUAAACGUGGUACCACAGUUACCAUCGCAACCAACCAAUAUGGCACGGGUCGCUCAGCCCUACAAAUCUGCAGCGGCUGCGUUUGCAUCGCUGCGAGGUGGCAACCAACUGAGCGAUGUGAUGGCCGCAGCGCACAUGCGCGAGGAUGAUCAAAAUACUGGCCACAUCAGAGCCAUGGGGGCCAAGGCUGGGGCACGGGCGGCGGUAGAUAUGAGACGCCCCUUGCCGAUACAAAAUAGAACAAAUAUGAACUCCGAGUAUGCCAAAGGGAAUGUGGUGUAUAUAGACACGCGGCUCGCGCCGGGGAUGGGAGGGUUGAAUAUACUGAGGCGGCGGAUAGCUAUCGGAGGUAAGUCCAGGGCCACGCCUAGCCCUACGCCGUUGCCUGCAUUUAUGCCUGUGGACGCUGAGGGUACACUGGACCAACGCUUGAACUCGUACCUACAGUCGAUUGAAAGCAAGCGCGUGCUGCAUAGAGGACGCAACAAUGGACGCAAUAAUGCACAGCUCUGGGAUGCGAUACCGGUUGAUCUUCUGAGGCGACGCACAGCUGCAUGAGGCCUGCAGUUGCGUUCAAACGGUUAAACGACACCAUCCCUAUUUUAUAAACUAGUGCGGUAGCUUCGUGCAGAACUACCACAAUAUACGCUUUCGGAUGCGAUGCUCCACUUCACUUUGGUCGUCUAGAAAUGGUGCUGGAGACCGGUGGAAACUACAGGCGGAUUGCUGGGUGUGAACUCUACCCCCGCUCGUGCAAGGGUACUCCACUAUCAAGACGUGCACAGACUUGCACAUCGCGUGGUAUGCGUUUUUGAUACUCUCUGCGCUGAUGCGGAGAGCAAUAGUCACGCCACAUUUCUGCGGCAAUCGGCGUGAACCAGUUGUGCUUGCAGCAGCGACAUCGCACCACCUGGUCAUGCUAGAACGAUCGAGCUCCUACGAGGCCGCCCAUCCCUGAGGAACUAUUCCCGGGAGAGAUAGAAUCACGAGCCUGAAUAAAGACUCUUCGGUGAUAAAACACAACCAAGUAAUAUCCUAGGGCUUUUAUUUAAUACAUAUGCGUCCCUGCGAAACACAUUGCAUACUUGGUUACGGGCGCAAGGUGGAUUCCUUUCAAGAUUGGUUUGGCGAAUAUACUGCACGACUUACGUUAUUUUGACACUGACAAGCAUAUUUAAUGGAAAACAAGGCGGCUAGCGGUGCAAUUGAGCGUGGGCGGCGUGCAGCUACAAUUGAUUAGAGAUGACAGUAUUUAGUGGGUGUGUAUGAACCUUGUCGCGUUCGGACCGGUCCUUUUUUAUUGUACAGACCGGCAAUAGGGCUCGAAUGAUAGUUUGCACCAUUGCUCGGUCCAAGCGGAACUGUUAAAUACUUUGGGUUGAUCGUAGCUGCCUCGUAUCAUCGUUGUGUACGAUGCAUGUACGAUGCACUGGGGCGGGGGGUGGUGAGAGACCAUUCAUAGCCCACACCUACUGAAGCCGCCUGCAACACCUUGCAAGAUCAGCGGUGCACCAUAUUUCACGGCUGCAUAUUAUUUACUCGUCACUCUACUGUGUCAAUGCAGGCUUCAAUCUCAUAGAUUUUUUUGAAUUGACCUGCCUCUGAACGGUUGCGAAUUACCAGGACGACCACGUAGUCACGCAGGAUAUAUGAGUUGUUUAGAAUGAUAUAGGCGCUUUCGGUUGGCCUCACAAUAAGUUACGAAGCAGCGCAAACUUAUGCCAGAGAUAGGACUCGAUAAAAUUCACUAUUGCCACAAUACCUGCGUACUUACUAGAUACAAUCGCCAUUGCUCUGCGUACGCCUAUUCUACGCGCCCUGCUCCUACUCGUGCUGAACAGGCACAACCAUGAAAAUGAAUAGAAUGAUAUCCAGAAGGCGAUACCAUGAACAUCACUUGCAUAUAGUAAGCAGAUGUCUUAGAUCCCGCCUCUAUAUGGUUGUACAUAGUAGUACGGUACAGUCAGACCUAUGAUCAAGGAGCACAACGUACGUAUUCACAUACGUACAUGGUAGUUUUUGUUUACUUGCUCCGUCACACACUCGC